AUGUCGGAAUUUUUGGACAAUCAAGCGGAGGAGUCGGAAAAUUCUGGUGAAACGACGGAUACAUCCAUUGAUGAUAAUGACUUAGAGCCUCGAGCUAAACGACAGCGAAAGCAGAAGAAGAAGGAGAACGCAAGGAAGAAAAAACGAAUUAGGAGUGAUGAUGAGGAUGAUGAAGAGGAUGACGAUGGUGAAGAUGAUGAAGCCAAAAUUCAAAAGGAAAUGGCCGGUUUCGUUGUCGAUGAAGACGAAGCUGAUGAAGAUGAAGGUGACGAUAAUGAGGACGAUGACAGAAGUGAUAUCGAAAAAGACGAUGAUCUGGAAUUGGACGAUGAAGACUUGGAUUUACUAAAUGAUAACUUAGACAUACAGCAGCGUCCAACUGGUGGUCGUGUGGUCAUUGAGAGUGAUGAAGAAGAGGACCAUGACCGUAGCAAGAGUAAUCUUUAUGAUAAGGAUGAUUUGGCUGGAGGUGAUGAUCAACGCAGUGAUUACAGAGGAUCAGAACGACAUGUUUAUGAUGGCGAAGAGGGUUCAGGCACAGAGAGCGAACAUUCUGAAGACGACUUCAUUGUUACGGAUGAUGGGCAACAGCCGCAACAUCGACAGCGACGUUAUCGUUUUGCAGAUGUGCCGGAACAAGCUAUUGAUGACGCGCGGGAGAUAUUUGGAGUCGAUGACUUUAAUUUUGCUGAGUUUUAUGACGAAGAUGCAGAGCCAGGCGAAGAUGAGGACGAAUACCCGGAAGAUGAAGAGCAAGAAGAACUAGAAGGAAGGGAUAUAUCGCGUUCCCGUAAAAUAAAGCCAAAGGAAAAGCAGGCUACUUUGAUGGAUACAAUUGAACCUGCCGAGCUUGAAGAGAAGCUGCUUGGUCCCAUGGAUAAACGUAUACAAUUGGAUGAUCGUCCUGAACGUUUCCAAGUGCUUCGCCGGGUUCCGGUGACUGAGGCUGAUGAACACGAACUUGAAUUUGAAGCCAAAUGGAUUUACCAAUAUGCAUUUGAUAAUGCAACUUUAUCAGAACAGGAAGAAAGCUGUCUCACUGUGUUGUCAAAUCCUGAACUUCGCAUUGAUGAACGAGCUAAAAUUGCUGCAGAGGCACCAGAUAAAAUUAAAGAAGCCUUGAAAUUCAUAAGAAAUCAGUUAUUCGAGGUGCCAUUCAUAGCAUUUUACCGUAAGGAAUAUGUGGAAUCGUGUUUGGUAAUCAACGAUUUAUGGAAAGUAUAUCAAUGGGAUGAGAAGUGGUGCCAUCUUCAACAAAGAAAGAAACGUUUAUUAGAGCUGAUGAAACGGAUGUUGAAUUAUCAGAUGGAGAACGAUAAUACAGCUGGGAUGCGUAUUGUUACUGAGCAGGAUAUGAAUGAAGUGCAUGGAGUACAAACAGUAGAAGGUUUGAUGGAUGUUUCGACAAAAUUCCAGCUGUAUUACGGCCCGGAAGUACCUAAAAUGAUAGACUGGGAGAAAAUUCAAAACUUGAGUGAAGAUGAUCCUGAACGUGAAGCUGCUGAAAUGCGUUUUCGUGCCGCUACAAGAACAGAUAAAUAUAUGCUUUGCAUCCAGAAUGGGUUAUCUGCAAUGGCUUCACGUUUUGGUUUGACUCCUCUGCAGUUUGCAGAAAAUCUUGACUGGAAGCGACAUGAUAUUGUGCAAGACGAUGAAGAGCCAUUGAAGGCAGCCGAACAAUAUGUCUGCCAAAGUUUUCCCACGCCAGAAGCUGUAUUAGCUGGUGCUAUUCAUGUUGUUGCUAAGCAGCUAAGCCGAGAACCAAAAGUACGUGAACUGCUGCGAUCACGAUAUAGAUUACGUUUGAAAAUUUCGGUUUGUCCAACAAAAAGGGGUCGCGAAGAAAUCGAUGAGAAUCACAAAUUGUGGCCCAGAAGAUACGUACGCGACAAACCAGUUGCAAGUCUACGACAUGAUGAAUAUUUGUGGUAUGUACAGGUAGGUGCUCUUAACGGUUUUCGAGCUAUUGCUGCGCGCGCUGGUGGAUUAUUGAAUUUAAAGCUGCACUGCGAUACAGAAGAAGAUAUUCGAUUCAAGAAGACGCUGCUUCAAGAAUUUCUUUCUGAGCAACCCUAUUAUAGAGAUGAAUAUUCUCGUGUCGUCGAUAUGUGGAAUAAGGGAAGAGAAGAAGCAGUAACAGUUUGUGUUAACAACUUUCUUCUGCCGGUAUUUGAACGUGAAGCUCAUGAGAGGCUUCUGCAGGAGGCAAGAGAUUAUGUGAUUAAACAAAGCACCCAAAAUUUAUAUGAUCGAAUUAAAACUGCAGCAUAUCGUAACAUGCAUAAUGAUGACGAUGAUGACGAUUUUGAGAGUGGAUUUAGUAGUGGAACAAGAGUUUUAAGUAUUGUGUAUCCUGAAGAAAGAGAUCAGGCGUCAUUUUGUGCUCUUAUUGAUCAGGAUGGCCAAGUUUUAGAUCAUCUUCGGCUGGUUCAUAUUACGAAAAGUAUAAAUUCAAUAAAACCGGGUGAAGCGGAUCUAAAGCGUCAAGAUAUGCUUCAUUUGCGCAAAUUUAUCGAAAAACGUCGACCUCAUGUCAUUGCAAUAUGUGGUGAAAAUAUGGAUGCUUAUUACCUUCGACGAGAUAUCGAAUCUUUAUUGCACGAAAUUUCUGGAAUAGCAAAAGAAAUUUCCGUGGAAAUUGUAGAUAAUGAAGCAGCCAGAAUUUAUAUGCACAGCAAACAGGCGAUUACGGAAUUCCCUAAUUAUCCACCAAUACUGCGUCAGGCAGUCUCCUUAGGCCGUUUGCUGUUGGAUCCAUUGAUAGAAUAUGCUCAUUUAUGCAAUACAGAAGAUGACAUUCUUUGUGUUUCAUAUCAUCCGUUGCAAAGUGAGGAAGAAUUGUUGUUUGCGUUGUCACUGGAGUUCAUAAAUAGAGUGAAUGAAGUAGGUGUGGAUGUAAAUCGUUGUUUGGAAUACCCUCAUACAUCGUAUUUGCUGCAAUUUGUUUGUGGCUUAGGGCCGAGAAAAGCAGUGCAUUUAUUGAAAAUAUUGAAACAAAAUGAUAAUCUGUUGGAAAGUCGGACAAAAUUAGUCACGUUAUGUCGUAUGGGACCGAAGGUGUUUAUGAAUUCGGCAGGCUUUAUCAAGAUUGAUACAGCGAAGGUGUCUGAAAGGACUGAUGCUUAUGUUGAGGUAUUAGAUGGUUCUCGAGUGCAUCCAGAAACAUAUGAGUGGGCUCGGAAAAUGGCGGUCGAUGCUCUGGAAAUUGAUGAUGCUGCUGAUCCUACAAGUGCUCUGGAAGAAAUUCUGCAAAAUCCAGAUAAACUUAAGGACCUUGAUCUGGAUGCUUUUGCGGAAGAACUUGCACGGCAAGGUUUUGGUAACAAAAGUAUUACAUUGUAUGAUAUUCGAGCAGAAUUAAAUCAUCGAUACAAAGAUCUUCGUGUUCCUUACGAAAGUCCAUCGGCUGAAAGGAUUUUCACGAUGCUGACAAAGGAAACUUCUGAUUCCAUAGGGAAACUGGUGAUGGGGCGAGUAAUGCAUAUAAUUUAUCGCAAACCGAGAGAUCCGGAAGAACGGGAGCGGGUACCUCCUAUCAGAGAUGAGCGUACGGGUCAGUGGAAAUGCCAGUAUUGUUACAAGCCUGACUUCAACAAUACAAAUGAGGUAUGGCAACACAUUGAUUCUUGUCCCGGCCAACCAAUCGGUGUAAAAGUACGGUUCGACAAUGGCAUAACCGGUUUCAUUCCAAAUAAGUACUUAUCAGAUCGGCCUGAUUCGUUUGUGGAUCCAGGCGAGAGGGUUAGGCGCAACCAACCUAUAUAUUGCCGAAUAUUAGAGUUGGAUCCAGAUAAAUUUUCGGCAACCUGCUCUUGUCGAUCAUCCGAUCUGAGAGGCUUGCAGCCACAGAACAGCGAAUUCGAUCGUUACUUCGAUAAACUAAAAUGCCAGGAUGACGACGAAAAGGAUAAAAAGUUGAGGGAGCAAAGGAAGAUUAUAACGUAUUUUGUGAAAAGGGUUAUAUCGCAUCCAUCAUUUCAUAAUGUUACUUUCAAAGAUGCUGAACGAAUGCUUCAAAAAUUUGAACAAGGCGAAGCCAUCAUCCGACCCAGCUCAAAAUCCGUUUCACAUCUAACAGUAACAUGGAAAGUAGCUGAUGGUAUUUAUCAACAUAUCGAUAUUAAAGAAGAAGGAAAGCAACACCAAUUUAGUCUUGGCAAAACAUUGUUAAUUGGUACAGAAGAAUUUGAAGAUUUGGAUGAAAUCCUUGCUCGUCACAUACAACCCAUGGCCGCGUUAGCUCGUGAUGUUUUGUCGCACAAGUAUUUUCUGGAUGGGAAACGAGCCGAAGAUCGAGAUGCUAUUGAGAGCUAUCUCUUUGAUGAAAAAAAGCGAAAUCCACAACGAAUACCUUAUACAUUGACACCAUCACAAGAUUAUCCUGGAAAAUUUGUUAUAUCAUAUUUACCGCGCAACAAAGCAAGACAUGAGUAUAUGACCGUAACACCAGAAGGAUUUCGUUUUCGACAACAGUUGUUUCAAACUCUUGAAACUGUUUUAUCAUGGUUCAAAGUGCAUUAUCGGGAACCACCACCGGGAAAGGAAAUGUUGAUAUUGUUUUGCUUAGCUGUUGAUAUUUAUGCAGUGCUGACAAGAACUACAAGUACCGAAAGGACGAUGUCGUCCGAUAUCGACAUCAUUGAAAUUGUUGACGAUAUACCUUCACCAAUUAUUUGCAACAAAGAGCCAAUCGUUUUUCGCGGAGUUGGCCAUCUAACGAUGUUUGGUCUGAGUUCUCGAUUUGAUACCGAAUUUCCAACUGUGCUAACUGGCCGUUUAGCACCGGAAGAGCUAGCUAAUACAAUGCGAAAAAUUAACGGUGUGUUGGCAAGAAGUAUGUCAGGAAACGUUCGUUGGCUCGUUUGUGGAUUGCUCUUCUGCUGUUGUACUAUCGGUUGCUCACUAUGGCCCGUUGUUUGUUUGAACAAACGUACGGUGCAUGCAUUAGAGAAAUUAUUGGAUCAUGAAAAUCAAACGCUGUAUAACAAACUGGGCUUGCACUGGCGACUAGUAAGGCGACCCGUCGAAGUUAAUUAUAGCAUGACAGAAUAUGUCUUAUUAUUAGAAAUUCUUCCAAAAACUCUUCUUUUAUUACCAGAUUAG